CAACGUGGCACUUACGCAGAACAGAAGCGAGGAACGGUCAAAAUGUCGGUGCUUGCGGAAGACGAGCGGCAGUCCAGGGAGAUGAUAUUCGACGCCGAGAAAGUGUCAACCUACUACGAAUCUUUCAUGCAACCCAGCCGCGAAGCCAUGAAGGUGUUUCUGGAGCGAUACGAGGAUUCUUUCUUUGCGGUCGAGAACGGUGCCCAGUGUGCUGAUCGCCAAUGGUUGGACGUCGGCUGUGGUCCAGGAAACUUCACCAAGAACUAUUUGCUCCCGCACGCACCUCCGUCCUUGCGAAGAUUGGUGGCGGCCGAUUUCUCACAGGGCAUGCUGGAUCACGCCGCAAAAAAACAUGCACAUCCGAAGAUUGCGUACCGCCUUCUCGACAUCACAAACGACAAAGCCGUGUCCGCGUUUGCCGCGCGCGAAGGUCUCUUUGAGCGCGUAUGCUGCUUUUUAACGCUGCAUUGGAUCAACGACAAGGCGGCCGCCCUCAGGAACCUGGAGCAUCUCACGGCCCCCGGGGGAGAGUGCUUGGUGGUGUUCAACCCGCGCGUGUCAAUGCAACAGGUGUUACGUGCCAUGAUUGCGUCCGGCAAGUGGAAAAAGCACGAACACGUUCUCAAAUCUGUUCUCCCGGAGUCCUGGGAGUUUGAUGACGUUGACACCAUGGUGUCAAAGCUCGAAGGACUAGUCGCAUCAACAAGGCUGGUGGCCCUGUCGUGUGAAGUUGUGACUCUGCAGGUCGGGAGCCCCGAAAUCGACCUAGAAGUGCGUACGUAUCACAGGGCUCCGUCGAAAUAUUUUAGAGCAUGAAAUCAGUGGAUAAGGCAGAACAAAUACACGGUACACUUUUCGGCAAGCCAACACAAUUAGUUCCAGCAGGCCCUGUGCUGUCUGUCUUUCCCCAAAUUGAUUGUUUCCUUUUUUGAGUGUGUUUCACUAUAUAACGACAGGUUGUUAUUGUAGACAUGUCUCUUGUUGCCUUAAUUUUUUAGGAACACAACCGACCAGCCCUUUUUGGCAUUCUUUCUGCAUUACAGUGGCUUCUGGGGCUGUAAAAGAGAUGCUUUUAGAACGCUUUUUUUGGUAACAAAAACAUGAGUAUAUUGCUUAGCUAUUAUCACGCCUUUUACCUUGCUCCUGCAAUCUGAGAGCAACUGCAUUACCCCUCAUUUAUGCAUUUAAUGAAAUAAAAUAAGAAACUUCAACUCUCUGCAGGUACUCUGUGUUCCGCUGUACCGAUGUAUCCGCACAUGAAAGAGGAAGACCAGGCUAAAGUGGAAGAGUUUGUCAGAAACUUGGCUCUCCAAAACAGCAUCGUGAACUUCUCGGUUACGGGCAUAACGCACCAACAUAGGUGCGUCAUUCACGCCCGCAAACCAGUAUUGUCUUGUUAAGAAGAGGCAGUUAGACCUGGCACAAGACUUCUGUGUGGCGUCUGCAACAUCCAACCUUGUUAACAAGACCAAGAGUUCAAAUAAACUUUCAAAUCUAGAAGCGUAGUACAA